AUGUCAAAAGAACAUCACCCUUUCAUCAUUUCUGCUUCUGUUAAACGCACUAUUCGAUUAAACUCUCCACCUAGAGUUAAAGAAGUUAAUCAACAAGGUAUUGAAAACGUCAUUAAAUUUAGAAGAAUGACUACUCAUUUUAAGGCUCCACUAAAUGAAGAAGAAUUAACUAAAUUAAGCCAAUUCAUUUUACUCUUUCAGAAAAAAGAAAUAAAACAAUUAUUAGAAAAAGAAAAUUUUACUCCAAAGUAUUCUGCCAUUAUUGUUUCCUCUCUUCUUUACUCUCCAACCAAAUGUAUUGAUACACUAAACAGAAUUGAACUAUUUUGUACUUCUAAUGAAUGGUUUGGUUAUUGGAACAAAGGGCUUGCUUCUCGAUACAAGAGCCUUCACAAAACUCAGUCAACUUACUGCCUGUGUGUCGGACAUUCCUUACUAAGAUUUAUUAGGUAUUCACCACGUCCAUCUCCAUCAAUCCAAUACAAUUAUUAA